AUGCCACCAACAGCGUUAACAACUCCCGACCCCAACGCCUCCACAGCACUGCCAGCAUCCACUACAACAGUAGCUGCGACAACUUCCACAGCAAUUCCACCCACAACAACCACUACAACAGAGGCCACUACAACUUCCACUGCAAUUCCACCCACAACAACCACUACAACAGAGGCCAAUUCAACUUUCACUGCAAUUCCUCCAACAACAACCACUACAACAAAAGCCACAACCACAUCCACCGCAAUUCCGCCAACAACUUCCACGACAACAGAAGCUACAACAACUUCCACUGCUAUUCCGCCAACAACAACCGCUACAACAGAGGCUAGUACAACUUCCACUGCAAUUCCGCCAACAACUAGCACGACAUCAGAAGCUAUGACAACUUCGACUGCAAUUCCACCCACAACAACCACUACAACAGAGGCCACUACAACUUCCACUGCUAUUCCGCCAACUACAACCACUACAACAGAGGCGACAACAACGUCCACUGCAAUUCCUCCAACUACAACCACUACAACAGAAGCCACAACAACAUCCACCGCAAUUCCGCCAACAACUACCACGACAACAGAAGCUACAACAACUUCCACUGCUAUUCCGCCAACAACAACCACUACAACAGAGGCCACUACAACUUCCACUGCAAUUCCACCCACAACAACCACUACAACAGAGGCCACUACAACUUCCACUGCUAUUCCGCCAACUACAACCACUACAACAGAGGCGACAACAACGUCCACUGCAAUUCCUCCAACUACAACCACUACAACAGAAGCCACAACAACAUCCACUGCAAUUCCGCCAACAACUACCACUACAACAGAAGUACCAACAACUUCGACUGCAAUUCCGCCCACAACAACCACAACAACAGAGGCCACUACAACUUCCACUGCAAUUCCGCCCACAACAACCACUACAACAGAAGCCACUACAACUUCCACUGCAAUUCCGCCAACAACAACCACUACAACAGAGGCCACUACAACUUCCACUGCUAUUCCGCCAACAACAACCACUACAACAGAAGCCACAACAACAUCCACCGCAAUUCCGCCAACAACAACCACUACAACGGAAGCUACAACAACUUCGACUGCAAUUCCGCCCACAACAACCACUACAACAGAGGCCACUACAACUUCCACUGCUAUUCCGCCAACAACAACCACUACAACAGAGGCCACAACAACGUCCACUGCAAUUUCUCCAACUACAACCACUACAACAGAAGCCACAACAACAUCCACCGCAAUUCCGCCAACAACAACCACUACAACGGAAGCUACGACAACUUCGACUGCAAUUCCGCCCACAACAACCACAACAACAGAGGCCACUACAACUUCCACUGCAAUUCCACCAACAACAACCACUACAACAGAGGCCACUACAACUUCCACUGCUAUUCCGCCAACAACAACCACAACAACAGAAGCUACAACAACAUCCACCGCAAUUCCGCCAACAACAACCACUACAACGGAAGCCACAACAACAUCCACUGCAAUUCCACCAACAACAACCACUUCAACAGUAGCCACUACAACUUCCACCGCAAUUCCGCCAACAACAACGACUGCAACGGAAGCUACGACAACUUCGACUGCAAUUCCGCCCACAACAACCACAACAACAGAGGCCACUACAACUUCCACUGCUAUUCCGCCAACAACAACCACUACAACAGAAGCCACAACAACAUCCACCGCAAUUCCGCCAACAACAACCACUACAACAGAAGCUACGACAACUUCGACAGCAAUUCCUCCAACAACAACCACUUCAACAGUACAACAACUUCGACUGCAAUCCGCCCACAACAACCACUACAACAGAGGCCACUACAACUUCCACUGCUAUUCCGCCAACUACAACCACUACAACAGAAGCCACAACAACAUCCACCGCAAUUCCACCAACAACAACCACUACAACAGAAGCCACAACAACAUCCACUGCUAUUCCGCCAACAACAACCACUACAACGGAAGCCACAACAACAUCCACCGCAAUUCCGCCAACAAAAACCACUACAACAGAAGCUACAACAACAUCCACCGCAAUUCCGCCAACAACAACCACUACAACGGAAGCUACAACAACUUCGACUGCAAUUCCGCCCACAACAACCACUACAACAGAGGUCACUACAACUUCCACUGCUAUAAGCCACAACAACAUCCACCGCAAUUCCGCCAACCACAACCACUACAACAGAAGCCACAACAAUCGACUGCAAUUCCCGCCCACAACAACCACUACAACAGAGGCGACUACAACUUCCACUGCUAUUCCGCCAACAACAACCCCUUCAACAGCAGCCACUACAACUUCCACUGUUAUUCCGCCAUCCACAACCACUACAACAGAAGCCACAACAACAUCCACCGCAAUUCCUCCAACAACCACCACGACAACAGAAGCUACGACAACUUCGACUACAAUUCAGCCCACAACAACCACUACAACAGAGGCGACUACAACUUCCACUGCCAUUCCGCCAACAACAACCACUUCAACAGCAGCCACUACAACUUCCACUGCUAUUCCGCCAUCCACAACCACUACAACAGAAGCCACAACAACAUCCACCGCAAUUCCUCCAACAACCACCACGACAACAGAAGCUACGACAACUUCCACUGCAAUUCCACCCACAGCAACCACGACGACAGAGGCUAUGACAACUUCCACUGCGAUUCCGCCGUCAGCCACGUUAAAAACAAAAUAAGGGUCUAUUGA